AUGGAUCUGGGGUUGAACAAGGUCCAUGCUCUAGUGACAGGUGCGAGUGGAGGAAUUGGAUUCGCUAUCACGAAGCUCUUUCUUGAGCAGGGCGCCCUUGUCACCGCCCAUUAUAACACCGAGCCGCGUGGUCUUCAAGACUUGAAAGGCAAGCCUGAAUGGCAGGAGAAGCUCUGUAUUGCUGGGGCCGAUUUGUCGAAAGAAGAAGAUGUGGAUCUCUUAUUCAAGAAGGCGAGGUCAGAACUAGGAGACAUCACCGUGUUGAUUGUAAGUCACGGUAUCUGGCCGGAGAAUGACGCGCCUGUGGUUGACAUGGAGCUCCAACAAUGGCAGAACACCCUCGCGGUCAACUUAACAGGUCCAUUCUUGACAACUCGAGCAUUCCUUCGGCAGUUGCGCGAGCCCUCGACCAGGCCUGCGAUCCUUGAUAAAGUGGCAGUGAUCCUGAUCGGAAGCACUGCGGGGAAGUUCGGCGAGGCGGGGCACAUCGAUUACGCGUCUUCCAAGUCUGCUCUUCAGAUUGGCUUUUGCUUGACUCUGAAAAAUGAGAUCGUCAAGAUCGCGCCACGCGGGAGGGUGAAUGCCAUCGCUCCGGGCUGGGUAUCAACGCCGAUGGCAGCGAACGCGAUGCAGAACCCAGAGAUCAAAUACCGAGCAUUAGCAACCACACCACUGCGCAAGAUCGGUACACCUGAUGAUAUCGCCAUGCAGGUCGCUGUGCUCUCGUCGGCUACGGUAUCGGGGCAUGUGACAGGCAUGUGUGUGAUGGUUGAGGGCGGCAUGGAAGGUAGACUGCUGAACAAGAUGGAGGACCUGGCUUAG